AUGGGAUCCUUACGAUUCCACAAGCUGAAUGUCUCGCGGGCGCAUUCCGGCUCCAAGUUAAGCCCGCUGCUAGCGCAUGCGGGUAAUUACUCCAAGUUAAGCCCGCCGCUGACUCAGGCACGCUCCGUCAGCCCAGAGAACAAGUUAAGUCCGCCGCUGGCGCGGGCGCAUUCCGGCUCCAAGUUAUGCCCGGCGCUAGCGCAUGCGGGUAAUGACUCCAAGUUAAGCCCGCCGCUGACUCAGGCAUGCUCCGUUAGCCCAGAGACCAAGCUAAAUCCGCCGCUGGCGCGGGCGUAUUCCAGCUCCAAGUUAAUCCCGCCGCUAGCGCAUGCGGGUAUUGACUCCAAGUUAAGUGCGCCGCUGACUCAGGCAUGCUCCGUCAGCCCAGAGACCAAGUUAAGCCCGCCGCUGGCGUGGGCGCAUUCCGGCUCCAAGUUAAGCCCGCCGCUAGCGCAUGCGGGUAAUGACUCCAAGUUAAGCCCGCCGCUGACUCAGGCAUGCUCCGUCAGCCCAGAGACCAAGUUAAAUCCGCCGCUGGCGCGGGCGCAUUCCAGCUCCAAGUUAAUCCCGCCGUUAGCGCAUGCGGGUAUUGACUCCAGGUUAAGUCCGCCGCUGACUCAGGCACGCUCCGUCAGCCCAGAGACCAAGUUAAGCCCGCCGCUGGCGCGGGCGCAUUCCGGCUCCAAGUUAAGCCCGCCGCUAGUGCAUGCGGGUAAUGACUCCAAGUUAAGCCCGCCGCUGACUCAGGCAUGCUCCGCCAGCCCAGAGACCAAGUUAAAUCCGCCGCUGGCGCGGGCGCAUUCCAGCUCCAAGUUAAUCCCGCCGCUAGCGCAUGCGGGUAAUGACUCACAGUUAAGCCCGCCGCUGAAUCAGCCUCGCGAAAAAAAUAUCAACACGAACGGCUCGACGAUACUACGCGCCGACUCCAAGUUACGGCUGCCGCUACGCGCCGAAACCAAGUUAAGUCCGCCGCUGGCGCGGGCGCAUUCCGGCUCCAAGUUAAGCCCGCCGCUAGCGCAUGCGGGUGAUGACUCAGGCACGCUCCGUAAGCCCGGCCGUUGA